AUGGGUCAUGGGACUCGCUUGACCAUCGACCAUCUAAAGUCAUUCAAAAACCUCAUGCACCUACAAGAGGUUCCAGAUGAGAUUAUGUGCAGGGCGUUCCCCACUACACUCAAGGGACCAGCAAGGGUGUGGUUUAGCAAACUGGACCCUAAUACCAUCUCCACCUUCAAGGAAUUUAGCGAACACUUCGUCACCCACUUUAUUGGAGGGCAGAGGUACAAAAGGUCCUCAGCUAGCCUGUUGAACAUUAAGCAACGAGAAAAUGAGAGCCUAAGGUCAUACAUGACACGAUUCAACAAGGAGGCCCUUUUGAUUGAUGAAGCCGAUGACAAAGUUUUGGUCACUGUGUUCACCAACGGGCUGUAG